CAUACUACUUUUGAAAUUUUUUUUACUUCCAUGAUUGUAAUGGUUGCUUUCACUGCGUGGAAAACAUCUUUAACGCUUGAUAGAUUUCACAUAACAUCCAAAAGCAACAAUGUAAACUUUGAAACACUUCGGUAAGCACACAGUAUAUUUACCGUGCCUAAAUGAUUACAUCUAUUAAAAAUAUCGAUUAAAAUAUCAGUGAAACUACAAUGUUUUUAUUUUCACUGUCUUUAAUAGUUUUGUCGGGUCAAUUAAUUCAUUCUCAUAUAGCCACGUGGAAAGUAGAUGAAAGUAACGAACUUCCCAACAUUCAAAAUUCAAAGAUAACAAAAAAAGAUGGAGAGGAGAGAAAAGUUGUUGAUAUAAUUCGGGAGAAGUUUGAAUGUGAUUAUGCUCAUAAAAUUGUACGAGAUAUACACAGUGAAAAAGAAAUGGUUUGGGAUGAAGAGUUGGCUUAUCAGGCCGAAAAAUGGGCAAUACAUUUAGCCACGGAAGUUGGAGAAAUUGAGCAUUCUUCCUUCACUUUUCCAAAUGGAUCGCGGUACGGCGAGAAUCUCUACCAGCAUGAUCACGGUGCACCGGCUGGAUGUAAUUUAGCUGUACAUGCUUGGUAUAGCGAAAUUCACAAAUACGAUUACGAUCACCCAGGUAAAACAAAGUCUCAAGGCCACUUCACUCAACUUAUUUGGAAUGAAACAACACAUUUUGGAGUUGGAAUUGCUUUUGAACCUAAAUCGACAAGAUCAUUUAUCGUUGCUAGGUAUGUACCCCCUGGCAACUGGGAUGUUGAUGACUACAAGAAUGAUGUGUGGAGACCAAAGCCAGGUUCGCAUAUACCCUCGAUAAAAGAACUAGUUCCAGUGGGGGCACGUGACCCUGUGAUGGUAGAAGUGGGUUAUUUUAAAGAAGACAACGAUAACAAGAAACCUCCGUGUGUUGAUACGACUGAUUGCUCGUAUUAUAUUCAACAAGGAGAUUGCACACAUCCAACGUACAAGAAAGCCAUGCAACAGAUGUGUUACAAAAGUUGUGGCGGAUGUACUCCAGGUGACCCCAUUGAUGGAGGGUGGACAAAUUGGCAUGAAGUUGACAUAUGUACUGCAACUUGUGGUGGAGGGCUCGUUAUGUCGUACAGAUUUUGUACUAAGCCUUUUCCAAAAUAUGGUGGCAAACCUUGUGAAGGGCAACGGGUAAAGAAAACUGAUUGUAACACACAACCCUGCCCGGAAAAAAAUGUUGUAAAAACAACCGCGGUAACAAGUGAGGCUAGCACAACAAAGAGUCCAAACAAAAGUUCCUUACGUACCACCAGUGGACCAUUCGUGUAUUCCACCACUAAUUCCGGAGAAACAAUCCCAAAACAAACAUGCAAGGAUAAAAAUAAAUGGUGUCCAGAAUAUGAAGAGUUAGGUUACUGUACCGGUAGCAAGUAUUCACAAUGGAUGUUUUUAAAUUGUAAAUAUUCAUGUGAUGUGUGUGAUAGCAAAAGAUUUAUACCUUAAUAAUCUUAGCAAACACGAAGCCUAACCAGCUUCAAAACUCACGCCUUUAUUUACAGUUUUCUACACCUGUUUGCACUCCAUCUAGUCCUUCAUUAUCAACAAUACUUUCGCUCUGCUGUUGAAGAUUUUAAAAUAUUACCGCAAAUCUGGCUGUAUCACAACUUGUUUUUUCACAAGCAUUUAUCCGGCAUUUUAUUUUCUUAACAAAUUUCACCGCCAAUAAAAGAUAAGUUAACUUUCAAAAAUUUUUCUCGCCAAGCAUUUGUUUCGAGUCCGCUAGUGAUUAUGUAAUGUUUUUGUGACUAACCAAUGAGCGUAAAUUCCGCCCGCGUUAAAAUUGCACGUCCUGGACUGUGCUGAAGUUUAAGUAUCACCAUAUUUGAGCAUCCUCUUUCAGUACGCAUGUUAUGAAAAAACAUCGCUCUCGUAACUGAUGACUGAAAGAGAAGCAAGGAUUUAAUUUAGGAAAUUUAAAACUACUGUUUUGGAAGGAAUGGUGAUUAUUAUAAGAAACAGUUAUUAUGUUUUGUAAAAGUUAUCUUUGAAUUCCUAAAAUUCCGAAAUUAGUUUUUUUAUUCACUUUCUUCGAAAAUACUUUAUAUGACUUUCAGUAAGACAUAUAUAGGGUAAAUAAAAUCCUAUAUUAAACUUUCUACUCUCAACCCCGGAAAACUUCCUACAAGACAGCUAAUGUCAAAGGAAAUUUCGCUAAUGAUGUUACAGAUGUUCUUUAUCUGAUGCAGUUACGGAUUACCAGUUUAAAUUAUUUACUGUAUGCAAACAGGCAAUGGUCGCAACCUUGUCUGGAGUUCUACGUUUUAGAAUGAAAAAAUAAGACAACUCCUUUCCCACCUAAUCUAGUUGUUAUCUUGAUCCACGAAGAUGAAUAUCAGUACAAAAAAGGACCAUUCUAUCAUGCUAUGUAAGUUACAUCUAGCUUUGGAUGGAAGGUUUCCCCCUUUAUUUGACUGAACUAUUUACUCUUUUGUUUA